AUGUAUAACGGGAUAGGUCUCACAACUCCUCGUGGAAGUGGCACUAAUGGCUAUGUCGUCCGCAAUCUGUCCGUGUUGCGCUCCUACCAGACUCCCGCAGAGCGUGCAGCUGCUUGGGAUGCUGCACCUCCGAAGCACCGUGAACCAGAUGCAGAGAUUCUCGAACAUGAGCGGAAACGCAAGGUGGAGGUAAAAUGUCUUGAGCUCCAGCUUGAACUUGAAGACAAAGGACUCGAUGAAGAAAAGAUUCAGGAAGAAGUUGAUGCUCUGCGCCAGAAGCUGCUUGCGAAUCUUAGCAGCAUGGAACCCGAUAUCAGGAGCUUGAAACCGUCAGAUCGCCACGGUAUCGCUGCCGCAAAAAAGGAGGAGCUCAGUAAAAUGGCUCGUGCACUUGGUACGCGGAGUGACUACGCAGAAGGAGAGGCAUUUGAUAGGGAGAAGCAGGAAGAGCUGAAGAUGCGUCGGAUGGCUGAACGCGAAGAGCGAGGGAAGCAAAAGGAAGAA